CAUUUUGAAUCUUCUCGGAGAAGAUUUGAAAAAUAACCACUAGUGUUUAAGCUCACUCACUGUUUCCGUUUCCAUUUCCCUACCUUCAUUAUUUCAAAUCGAAACUUUCUUCUUUCAUUUUCUUCGCUUGAAAACCUAAUUCACCAAUGAGAAAAUCCAUCAGAAUUUCUUCCAUCGGUCUCGCCCAAGCUACAGAACCGCCGGCGGUGAAGAAUUUUAGUACUAGAUUUUCACUUACGCCAUUUGCGAAGCGCGUUCAGAGUUUAACGGAUGAGCAAAGAUCUGCUAUAUCGCGAACCGGAUUCGGUAGCUUGCUAUUGAUUCCAAAUCAUACUCUUAACAAGGUUUUCCUUACUGAGGUAAUGGAGGCUUGGAAUUCUGAACGACAUGCUUUUGAGAUCGGUUCCGGGGAAAUUGGAUUUAGUUUAUUAGAUGUUGCUUUAAUUUUGGGGAUUCCGGUGGUGGGGCACCGUGUGGAGUUGGCGGAGGAGCAAUUGUUUUCUGAAUUGGAAGAGGAGUAUGGUGCUUCACGUGCAAAGAGAAAGGUAGCUAUGACUAGUCUUGAAGCAAGGCUUGAUUCUAUUGGGGAAGAUGUGAGUGAUGAUUUUGUGAGGAGCUUUUUGCUUUUCACAAUUGGGACUUUUCUUUCUUCCAUUGAUGGGAAAGUGGAUUCAAGAUACUUGUCUUUUCUUGGGAAUUUGGAUGAUGUUUCUGGUUUUGCUUGGGGUGCUGCUGUGAUUGAAGAUUUGUGUCAGUGGCUUGAUAAGAGGAAAGAUAACAAUGUGCAGUACGUUGGUGGUUGUCUCAUUUUUCUUCAAACAUGGUCAUAUGAGCAUUUUGAUAUAGCACGGCCAAAUUUGCAAGAUCAAGAUAUGACCUUUCCUCGUGUGUGUCGAUGGGAUCAUAGUAAAUCUCACCCGAGGCAACGGGGUACUUCAAGGUUUAAGGAUCUACAUGACGACCAGAUAAUUUGGAAACUCCAACCUACUUCUGGAGAGUUACAAUUAGACAUAGUAAAAAAAGCAAUGGGGUUACUAGGUGGCAACGAGGAUAAAAGGGAUGAUAGUUAUUCAGCAAGCACAUCAAGUAAUGUUUCUGAUGUCGAUGUAGAGAUCCAGCAAAGUAUCUCUAGUAAGAUAGAUAGAGAAGACGAGGGAAGUUUUGAGAAUGAGGUAGUAGAGGACACUCCCACAAGGUUGAGCACUUGUGAUGAAGAGUAUAUAGAGAAGAAGAUCAAUAUUGAAAAUCUGAUAGUAGAGGAUACCCCCUCCAAUUCGAGCAUUGAUGGUGAAGUAGGCAGAGAAGAAGAGUUACAAGUUGAAAAACUUGUGAUCGAGGACUCCUUCACAAAUUUGAGCAUAGACGAGGAGCGAGGUAGAGAAGAAGAGAUGAAUGCGGGCAAUCUCAUAACGGAGGACUCCUUCACAAAUUUGAGCAUAGAUGAGGAAGGAGGUAGAGAAGAAGAGAUGAAUGAGGGAAAUCUCAUAACGGAGGACUCCUUUACAAAUUUGAGCAUAUCCAAGAAAGGAGGUAGAGAAGAAGGGUUGAACGCUGAAAAUCACAUAAUGAAGCCCGAAAAUCUGAUUAUUGGGGACAAAGUAGGAAGAGAGCCAGAGUUGGUUGCUGAAACGCUCAUCGUGGACGACACUCCCCCUACAUUCAGCUCUGACUAUGAUGAUUUAAGGAAGGAAAAUACUGAAUUGAAGGUGAAAAUAAGCCAACAGAUGGAAGAAAUUGAAGUUCUCCGUAGAGAGAAUUUAUCGUACACCCAAUUAAAAAAGGAGAACGAUGAGUUGAAGAAAGAGCUGGACAUCUGUAAAAGAAAUUUAAGUUGCUUUGCGGACCGAAUAGAAAGAGAUCUUAUGGAUUUGCAAACUGAUGCAAUUGAAUAAACAUGCUAUCCUUGAAUUUGGGCAGCUGACUGUAUAUGAUAUUAUCUGUUUGUUAGGGGUUGUGUUAGGACUACGAGGUUUCUUUUUAAGUGAAACCAUGAAAUUCUUGGCAGGUAAUUAGAACUGUUUAUUUUUAUCUUUGUUGUACAUUAUGUAACAGAUAGCUUAUUAAUCCCAAAGUUCAAUGCAAUGCAUUGGUGUUUUUACUAA